UGCUUCCCCCCGCAUCCGGAGCUCCCGGCAGCUGUCCCCCGCCCAUGGCUUCCUCUGUGGCCCGUGCAGGCCGCUGCGGCGGGAGGCUGGCCGGGAGCGCUCCGGGCCGCCUCGUGGGCCCUGCCCGGGCUGCCCGAAGCUGCCGCUGUCAAUAACCCGCGCUGAGGCGGCGGGGCCGGUGAGGGGGCGCCAGGAGGGGCCGCUCCGCUCUGCCCAGCGGGUUUGUGUGCUGGCGGCAGCGGCGAGCCCGGCUCUACAAGGCGAGUUUGGUGUUUAAGCGAAGUGCAGUGUUGGUGCUUCAGGAAGCAGCAGCUGCUUGUCUGGGAAGGUUUCCGGAGAACGGGUUUGUGUUUCUGUGUGCCUCGAGCAAAACCUGCAGCCGAGAUGGACACGGACGGCUUUGGGGAGCUGCUGCAGCAGGCAGAGCAGCUGGCAGCCGAGACUGAGGGCAUCUCAGAGCUGCCUCACGUGGAGCGGAACCUGCAGGAGAUCCAGCAGGCCGGGGAGCGGCUGCGCUCGCGCACCCUCACCCGCACCUCGCAGGAGACCGCCGACGUCAAGGCAUCAGUUCUUCUUGGAUCUAGAGGGCUUGAUAUAUCCCACAUUUCUCAGAGGCUUGAGAGUCUAAGUGCAGCCACUACAUUUGAACCUCUUGAACCUGUGAAGGACACUGACAUCCAGGGAUUCCUGAAGAAUGAAAAAGAUAAUGCAUUGCUGUCUGCCAUUGAAGAGUCUAGGAGGAGGACUUUUGCCAUGGCUGAGGAGUAUCACCGAGAAUCAAUGCUGGUUGAAUGGGAACAGGUGAAACAAAGGAUUCUUCAUUCUCUGCUUGCAUCAGGGGAAGAUGCUCUUGAUUUCACCCAGGAGAAUGAGCCCAGCUAUGUUGGGGAGUUGGGGCCUCCAGGUCGCAGCUCCAUGGACAGUGUGGAGAUGGCUUAUGCUCGUCAGAUUUAUAUUUAUAAUGAGAAGAUAGUGAAUGGACAUCUGCAGCCUAACCUGGUGGACCUCUGUGCUGCUACUGCAGGCCUGGAUGAUAAGAACAUCUCUGAGAUGUGGGCCAUGGUGAAGCAGAUGACCGACGUCACCCUGGUUCCUGCCAGCGAUGCCCUGAAGGUCAGGACCAACAUGGAGGUGCGCAUGGAGUUCGUGAGGCACGCGCUGCACUACCUGGAGGAGAGUUACAAAAAUUACACUUUUGUGACAGUCUUUGGAAACUUGCACCAGGCUCAGCUGGGUGGGGUCCCAGGCACUUACCAGCUGGUCCGCAGCUUCCUGAACAUCAAACUCCCGGCGGCAGUCCCUGGUCUGCAGGAUGGGGAGGUGGAGGGCCAUCCUGUGUGGGCACUGAUUUAUUACUGCAUGCGCUGUGGGGAUUUGACUGCAGCCAUGCACGUGGUGAAACGGGCACAGCACCAGCUGGGAGAAUUCAAAACCUGGUUCCAGGAGUACAUGCACAGUAAGGACAGAAGAUUGUCUCCUGCCACAGAGAACAAACUGCGUCUCCAUUACAGACGAGCUCUGAGGAACAACACUGACCCCUACAAGAGGGCUGUUUAUUGUAUCAUUGGUCGUUGUGACAUUACAGACAACCAGAGUGAAGUUGCUGAUAAAACAGAAGAUUAUCUUUGGCUAAAACUGAACCAAGUGUGUUUCGAUGAUGGUGGCGCGAGCUCCCCGCAGGACCGGCUGACGUUAUCUCAGUUCCAGAAGCAGCUGCUGGAGGACUAUGGUGAAUCACAUUUUGCAGUGAACCAGCCACCGUUCCUCUAUUUCCAAGUGUUGUUCUUGACAGCACAGUUUGAAGCUGCAAUUGCUUUUCUUUUCCGGACAGAGCGCUUGCGCUGUCACGCUGUUCAUGUUGCUUUGGUCCUGUUUGAGUUAAAAUUGCUCCUGAAAGCAUCUGGGCAGAGUGCACAGCUAUUAAGCCAUGAAGCUGGUGACCCUCCUGGUGUCAGACGUUUGAAUUUUGUGCGGCUUUUGAUGCUUUACACCCGUAAGUUUGAAUCAACAGAUCCAAGGGAAGCUCUGCAGUACUUUUACUUUCUCAGGAAUGAGAAGGACAGCCAAGGAGAGAAUAUGUUCUUGCGUUGCGUUAGUGAAAUAGUAAUUGAAAGCAGAGAGUUUGACAUGAUUCUUGGAAAGCUGGAAAAGGAUGGUAGUAGGAAGCCUGGAGUGAUAGACAAGUUUACAAGUGACACAAAAUCCAUUAUUAACAAAGUGGCUUCUGCAGCAGAAAAUAAAGGAUUGUUUGAAGAAGCUGCAAAACUCUAUGACCUUGCAAAGAACCCUGACAAAGUUUUAGAGCUGAUGAACAAGCUGCUCAGUCCAGUUGUUCCCCAGAUCAGCACUCCCCAGUCAAACAAGGAGCGUUUGAAGAACAUGGCCCAUUCCAUUGCUGAGAGGUACAAAGCACAGGGGAUAAGUGCAAAGAAAUCCAUUGACUCCACGUUCUACCUUCUGCUAGACUUAAUCACGUUUUUUGAUGAAUAUCACGCUGGUCACGUUGACAGGGCCUUUGAUAUUAUUGAGCGCCUGAAGCUUGUACCUCUUAGCCAGGAUUGCGUCAAGGAGAGAGUCGCUGCCUUCCGGAAUUUCAGCGAUGAGAUCAAGCACAAUUUAUCUGAAGUCCUGCUUGCAACCAUGAAUAUUUUAUUCACCAAGUAUAAGAGGAUGAAAGGCACAAGCCCAACCACUCCUGCCAGACCCCAGCGGGUAAUGGAAGACAGAGAUUCGCAACUUCAGUCUCAGGCUCGGGCGCUGAUAAUGUUUGCUGGGAUGAUCCCAUACAGAACAUCAGGAGACACGAAUGCAAGACUGGUGCAAAUGGAGAUCCUCAUGAAUUAGCAGCAGCUUGCCUGGGGUGCAGCAGCCUGUGCCUGUCUUUAGUACGUUCAGAGGGCCCAUGGGACCAGUGUCAUUUUUUGUAUUCUGUAUUUUUGUUGACAGAAAUAAAUUUCUUUGGUUUUGAUAUUUGUUUUUGACAUUUUAAUUUUCACCGAUUCUUGUGUUUUUAUGUUGUUAUUAAUUUUAUUUUCAAUUGGUUUGCAUUUAGAAAUUCUUAAUUAGUUAAUAGGCUAUGCAGAAAAAGAAAUCAUAGCUCUGUAGUAGGGACAGGAAUUUUAUAGCAGAAGAGGAUAUGGAGAAGAAAACUCUGAUUUGUUGCUAAAUGUACUUAGAGCUGAGAAGCUUUAGGGGGUUUUGGAUGCGUGUUAAGUGUUGAAAAUGUGUGUGAUGCCCCAGUCCCCCCUGUGACACACUGCCAUCAGUCUGUCCCAUUGUCUCGUGUGGCACAUGUGCUGCUGCUCUGUGUGCUGCACAGACCCCCUGUGCUGAGCCAGGGGCUCACAGCCCUGCAGCUCUCCUGAAGCUUCUGCAGGAACAGCUGGGUUGGAAACAGGUAUAUUUUGGUAGGAGUGUUUUUUGUGAGCAACACAUGAAUUUUAGUCAGUUGCAUUCCAAGUGGGCCCCUGUGGAGUUCGCCAGAAGUGAGGAAGCUGAGCCAGAGAGGCCCAGGUGAGGCUGUGC